GGGACUGGAUUGUUCAGAUUGAGCAAGGGAACGAGGUGUCACCACACUGGGAUAACGGCACCAGGAGAACCAUUUCUACCCCUCCCUUUUCCCUCUCUCUCCAAAAUCUUGCAACCCCCUCCUCCUCUUUCCAGACAAAGACCCCCCCAACUUACUACUGACACUAUCCCUCAAUUCCUCUUUAGCACCGGUUUUUCCGUCACUCAUUUCUAUAUAUAUAAUUCCUAUUUUGGGGAUUUCUUCCCACCUCUCCCAAUUUUGUACCAUUUUUGGAAUUUAUUGCCCCUUCUCACCAGCUGAGGGAGUAUUUUGAUACCAUUAUUUUUCACAAUUCGGUUUUCUGAUUCGAUCCCGUGACGGCCGCCGGGAGGGAGCAGGGGAGCGGCGGGGUGGGCAGGCGCACCUCGGACGCCAGGACGCUGAGGAAAGGAACAAGAAGGCUAGAGAGGCGCAACCGAAAAUCUACAGGAUCCAACCUACGUUCCCUAAGCAUGGUGACUCAGAUAAUCAGCACCAUGGAGACCCAGGCCAGUAAUGGGCCAGGAAGUGUAGGUAUCCUCAAUGGCACCAACGGGGCAGCCGAUGACAGCAAAACCAACCUGAUCGUCAACUACCUCCCUCAGAACAUGACCCAGGAGGAAUUCAAGAGCCUGUUUGGAAGCAUAGGAGAGAUUGAGUCCUGCAAGCUGGUCAGGGACAAAAUCACAGGUCAGAGCUUGGGGUAUGGAUUUGUAAACUAUGUUGACCCAAAUGAUGCAGAUAAAGCAAUAAACACCCUAAAUGGACUGAAACUACAGACUAAGACCAUCAAGGUCUCCUAUGCUCGUCCCAGCUCUGCCUCCAUCCGAGAUGCCAAUUUAUAUGUCAGUAGCCUUCCGAAAACUAUGAACCAGAAAGAAAUGGAGCAGCUCUUUUCUCAGUAUGGCAGAAUCAUAACCUCCCGUAUCCUGGUGGAUCAAGUGACAGGUAGUGUUUCCCGAGGUGUGGGCUUUAUUCGGUUUGAUAAGAGAAUAGAGGCAGAGGAGGCUAUUAAAGGCCUUAAUGGACAGAAACCACUUGGUGCCAGUGAACCAAUCACAGUCAAAUUUGCCAACAAUCCCAGUCAGAAAACAGGACAGGCGCUACUCACUCACUUGUACCAGACUACAGCUCGGAGGUACACAGGACCCCUGCACCAUCAAACUCAGAGAUUCAGGCUGGACUCUUUAAUAAACAUGGCGUAUGGAGUCAAAAGUCCGCUUUCUUUCCUCCCCAGGUUCUCACCUAUCACCAUAGACAGUGUUACCAACCUUGCCGGCGUCAGCCUUACUGGUCCCACCACUGCUGGUUGGUGCAUCUUUGUCUACAACUUGUCCCCUGAGGCAGAUGAGAGUGUCCUGUGGCAGCUGUUUGGACCAUUUGGAGCCGUGACAAACGUCAAAGUGAUCCGGGACUUCACUACUAACAAGUGCAAAGGCUUUGGAUUCGUCACAAUGACGAACUACGAUGAAGCUGCCAUGGCUAUCGCUAGUCUCAACGGAUACCGCCUGGGAGACCGGGUCCUGCAAGUGUCAUUCAAAACCAGUAAACAGCACAAGGCCUGAAGGGAAAUAUCGUAAGGAAAGGGAGUGAGAGGCAGGGCAGGAGUGGGGAGAAAAAGAGAGAGAGAAAAAGAGAGAGAGAGAGGGGGAAGGAUUGAGAUAGAGGGAAAUAGGUGUUGUGAGGAAGGGGAGGAUAGAGGAGGAAUAGGAAUCAAAAAACAAAUAUGGAGAUAGAGUCACCUCUAAGCCUGUGUCCCAAAGCAAAGAGUCUGGCACAGGACAUUGAGCGUGACGUCUUGGUUUAGAAACCAGCCUCUUUGUGGUUCCAAAACAGUUCCAAUUCCUGUGGCUGGACAUGGGAAAUCCUAAAGUAGGGCUAAGCAGUGAGGAUAUUUAUCCUGACAUGGCGGUCUAAUAACGUUAUUCUACUCUCUCUCUGGCAGUGAACGGGUUAAUCUUCUGCCCUUCCAAACAUCUAAAAAAAACAUUAACCCAUCUGCUGCCGUAACCAUUUUCCAAGCUCCCUGCAAACCCCGCGCUCUUCACCUCCCUAACCUCAUGCUUCUACGGAAAGGUGAUUAUAAACGAAGAAAUGAGACGGGCGCAGACAUUUAAAAAAUAUAUAUAUAUAUUUUUAUAUAAAAAAGCAUAAAAAAAAAAUCCCGCAAGCAGACAGAACCUUCAUACCUGUCCAAAAAAUAAGCCCACUGGACAGAAUUGUGCUUUUAAUUCCCUAAUGUGGGUUCUGAAAUAAAAAAAAAGAAAAGAAAUCCUAUUUUUAUACAGACAAAAAAAAAAAAUAACCAAUGAACACUUACUCCGCCCAGUGGGAUUGUGCUGUUCAGUUCCAUCUCUCUCAGUAGGUUUCAUUCAGUGAGUCUCCAUUGCUUGUGUACCAGAGGCCUCCAUUUUAGGGAAUUAAAAGCCAGGAAACGACUUUAUGUUUUAAAAAUGAGGGUAAACAAAAAUAGCAUGUAUUUUUAUUAAUAUUCUUUUUUCUUACUAAAUAGAGUGCCAGGUUUUUUGGGGGGAGGAGAUUAGAAGAAAAAAAAUCUGGAUUGGACCGAUGUUUAACGAUUAUUGCUCCAGACCCACUUAUCCGGGAAAUUUGAACAAAAAUCUUAAAAAACGAACAAAAAUUUCAAGCGAAUUUGCGCAAUUAAAUCUUCCAGCUGGUGAACAUAGAAUAUAUAUUUUCUAAGGAUUCUUUUCUUAUAACAAAACAGAAAUGCAUGAGGAAAACCCAUAAGCAAAUGUAAAAAAGUUGUAUAUAAAUAUAUAUUAGACAAAAACAAAUAUAAGGUCUGCUUUGGCCAUAAGGAAAAGCAAAAGGACUCUAAAAAUCGGGCUGUGAAUCUGCCUACUAGCGGUAAAAAUUUUUAAUCAUGGAUAUAAAGGAUUCCUGAUUUUUUUCUAUGAAAAUCAUUGAAAUAUAUUUUUCUGCAGUGUUAAAACGAUAUAUAUGAUCUGAUUAGGGAUGCAUUAAGUUCAUAAUUUCUGGAUUUCAACUGAAUCUUCCACGAAAGUUUUAGUCAAAUACCGAACCAAAUCUAAACCUUAAUUUAAUAAUUCACAUUUGAAAACAAUAAAAGAAUUGAAUCAUACAAGAAAAAAAAUUGCCAUGUUUAGCUGUCCAAAGCUUUAAAGCUUAGGUUGUCAGAUUCAGGAUUUCAACUAAUUACUGAAUCUUCCACUAAAGUUUUAGUCAAAUACUGAACCAAAUCUAAACCUUAAUUUAAUAAUUCACAUUUGAAAACAAUAAAAGAAUUGGAUCAUACGUGAUUAAAAAAUUGCCAUGUCCAAAGCUUCAAAGUCAUGUGGCUUUAUGGGUUAAGAAUGGGUUUGUCAGAUUCAUGAUUUCAACUGAUUACUGAAUCUUCUACAAAAGUUUUAGUUCAAUACCGAACCAAAUCUAAAACUUAAUUUAACAAUUCACAUUUGAAAACAAUAAAAGAAUUGGAUCAUACAAGAAAAAAAAUUGCCAUGUUUAGCUCUCCAAAGCUUCUAAGGUUAGGUUUGUCAGAUUCAGGAUUUCAACUGAUUACUGAAUCUUCUACAAAAGUUUUAGUUCAAUACCGAACCAAAUCUAAAACUUAAUUUAACAAUUCACAUUUGAAAACAAUAAAAGAAUUGGAUCAUACAAGAAAAAAAAUUGCCAUGUUUAGCUCUCCAAAGCUUCUAAGGUUAGGUUUGUCAGAUUCAGGAUUUCAACUGAUUACUGAAUCUUCUACAAAAGUUUUAGUUCAAUACCGAACCAAAUCUAAAACUUAAUUUAACAAUUCACAUUUGAAAACAAUAAAAGAAUUGGAUCAUACAAGAAAAAAAAUUGCCAUGUUUAGCUCUCCAAAGCUUCUAAGGUUAGGUUUGUCAGAUUCAGGAUUUCAACUGAUUACUGAAUCUUCCACUAAAGUUUUAGUCAAAUACCGAACCAAAUCUAAACCUUAAUUUAAUAAUUCACAUUUGAAAACAAUAAAAGAAUUGGAUCAUACUUGAUAAAAAAAAUUGCCAUGUCCAGCUGUCCAAAGCUUCAAAGUCACGUGGCUUUAUGGGUUGGGAGUAGGGUUGUCAGAUUCAGGAUUUCAACUGAUUACUGAAUCUUCCACUAAAGUUUUAGUCAAAUACUGAACUUGUCUGAUUUUCAGAUAAAUCAAUACUGAUAAAUCAGUAAAAAAAAAUGCUUGAAUUUUAGCGAUGAGCGAAUCUGUCCUGUUUCUCUUCGGCAAAAAAUUUGCAAAAGGACAGGAAAACGCAUGAAACGCGAAACGCGUUUGUUGCGUGACUUUUUUUGUCCUCACUAUCACUUGCAGGACCUUGAGCCAGCUUUUCUUAGAACAAACCAUUUGCAUUUGGGUCAAAUAACGGCAUUUCUGUACGAUUUUAUUGGAAAGUGGGACUGCAGCCUUAUAUCGAAACAAAAUGAUUUCUAAAAAAACACACAAAAAAAAUUUGGCUUGGCCUUUAUUUCUAGUCUAGGAGACGACAUCGCUAGAACAAUUAGUUUUGUUUAUUAAGUUAGCGUCUGUUCUAUAAAUCGUUUUCUCGUUUAUUUUCAGUUCCCCCCUGAAAUCUCUUUUUCACUGUUUUUAAUAUGAUUUAAUCAGAAAUUGUUUGUGUUUCUUUUAAAAAAAAAUAUAUAUAAUGUAGUUGGGAAAGAGGGAGGAGAAUUCCUGCCCGAACCCACAAAUUUUAUUUAGAUCUUUGUAUUUUAGGUUCCGUGUGGUUAUUAUGGCUGUGUUUAGUAGAAAGUUGUAGGAUCUCUUAUGAAUUACAAAAAAAAAAAAAUUUAA